AUGGCUGAACCUGGCUGUGAGACCUCUUCUGAGGAAAGCCUCGGCACCGAGGAGCCCACGGCAGCGGACCGGAAGAGCCCGAAGCAGAAGCAGCCGAGUCGCAGAGGCCGCCGCGGGGGCCGCCGCUGCCGCCGCUUUGUCCGUCUCCACCACCACCGCAGCUCGGACAGUUUCGCCACCUACUUCCCCAGGGUUCUGAAGCAUGUUCACGAGGGCCUCAGCCUCUCGCAGGAGGCCGUGAGCAUCAUGGAUUCGUUCAUCAAGGACACCUUUGAGCGCAUCGCCGAGGAGGCCUCUCGCCUGGCCCGCACCACCAAGCACUCCACCAUCACCACCAGGGAGAUCCAGACAGCCGUGCGCCUGCUGCUGCCCGGGGAGAUUGGCAAGCACGCCAUGUCCGAGGCCACCAAGGCCAUCAUCAGGUUCACCUUCCACCAGUGA